AUGGAAAAUAAAGAAGGGGUUGACCAUUUAGUGGCAUUAAAAGUCAUGCGACUUACAAAACCAGCCCUCAUAAGUCCGAAGAUAGUAACUUGCGAUUUUAAAGAUGUUCCAGGUAAUAUACUUAAUAACUACUUAAAAGAUGAUGCGACUUCAGUAGUUGGUAUGGAAACCUUAGCUGCUGGGCAAUUUUUACUACUUCCUCAGAGUUUUGGUAAUAUAUAUUUGGGUGAAACAUUCUCAUGCUAUGUCUGUGUCCACAAUGAGACAAGUCAGCCUGUACAAAGUGUAUCAAUUAAAGCUGAUUUGCAGACCAGCUCCCAAAGAAUUCCAUUAUCAACACAGCAACAUCAAUCGCCAGUGAUGUUAGAUAUAGAUGAAACUUUGGGUGAUGUGAUACACCAUGAAGUCAAAGACUUAGGUACACACAUCCUAGUUUGUGAAGUAACAUAUAUGUCAACUUAUAACACCCUAGCAUCAUUUAGAAAGUUUUUCAAAUUUGAAGUAAUGAAACCGUUGGAUGUCAAAACUAAGUUUUAUAAUGCGGAGUCUGAUGAAGUGUUUCUUGAAGCUCAGGUGCAAAAUAUUACUUCAGGGGCAAUUGUUUUAGAGCAAGUAUCCCUUGAAAGUUCUCACCAAUUUGCUGUUAAAUCACUAAAUGAAACUGCUGAUGGUAAAUCUGUGUUUGGUGAAGUCACCUUACUGCAACCACAAGAAAGCUGUCAGUAUCUAUAUUGUCUUACCCCCAAGCCCAAUAUUGCUUCAGAUAUAAAAUUAAUUGCAGCCGCAAAAAAUAUUGGCAAAUUGGAUAUUGUAUGGAGGUCCAACUUAGGUGAGAAAGGUAGAUUGCAAACUAGUCAAUUGCAAAGAAUGACUCCUGAAUAUGGUGAUAUAAGAGUAACAUAUGACAAUCUUCCAAGUAAAGUACCAGUUGAUAAACCAUUUAAUUUUAAAUGUAAAAUUAUAAAUGCUAGUGAACGGUCAUUAGACUUAAUUUUGAAGCUCCGUUCCCUACAGGAUUCCAGUUUGAUUUGGUGUGGCAUUUCAAACCGAAAACUAGGACCUCUAGAGCCGGGAAAUGUGAAAUACAUUGAUCUAACUGCAGUACCACUUAAUACUGGCUUGCAUAGCAUUACAGGGAUAUCACUUAUGGAUCUCUUUCUUAAACGAACAUAUGAUUACGAUGAUUUGGCAUCUGUUUAUAUAUAUUAA